GUUUGACGGCACCAUCCAGCACCCAAGCUCCACAGUACUGUCCUUAGCUGUGUAGCCAACCUCCGCUGGAGCUGCCAAGAUGUAUGCACCUGAGUGCCAGGCAGAGGUGACACCAUCACCGGCAGGGCCACGCUCCUUUAGCUACACACUGGAUGAGCACCCAUGCCAAGCGCUGGCCAUCAUGAAUGAGCUACGACUGAGCCAGCAGCUCUGCGAUGUGACACUGCGUGUGCGUUACCGCGAUGCGCCGCCUGCUGAUUUCCAGGCCCACAAAGUGGUGCUGGCCUCAUCCAGCCCUGUUUUCCGUGCCAUGUUCACAGCAGGGCUGCGGGAACAGGGCAUGGAGGUGGUGCCCAUCGAGGGCAUCCACCCACGGGUCAUGGAGCGUCUCAUUGAAUUUGCCUACACAGCCUCCAUUGCUGUGGGUGAGCGCUGUGUGCUGCACGUCAUGAAUGGUGCCGUCAUGUACCAGAUCGACAGCGUGGUCCGCGCCUGUGCUGACUUCCUGGCCCAACAGCUAGACCCCAGCAAUGCCAUUGGCAUCGCCAACUUUGCCGAGCAGAUUGACUGCAGCGAGCUGCAUCAGCGGGCGCGGGAGUACAUCUACAGGCACUUUGCAGAGGUGGCAAAGCAGGAGGAGUUCUUCAACCUGUCACACUGUCAGCUGGUGACGCUGAUCAGCCGGGAUGAGCUGAACGUGCGCUGUGAGUCUGAGGUCUUCCAUGCCUGCAUUGACUGGGUGCGUUAUGACUGCGCCAGUCGGCGCCCCUAUGUGCAGGCGCUGCUGCGUGCUGUACGCUGCCACGCGCUCAGUCCUGGCUUCCUGCAGCUACAGCUUCGCGAGUGUGAGGUGCUGCAGGGUGACACACGCUGCCAAGACUACCUGGCCCAGAUCUUCCAGGACCUGACGCUGCACAAGCCCACACAGCGCCUGCCCAGCCGGACGCCCAAGGUGGGCCAGCUCAUCUACGCAGUUGGUGGAUAUUACCGCCAGUCCCUUGGAUUCCUGGAGGCCUACAACCCCCACGACGGUGCCUGGCUGCGGCUGGCUGACUUGGAGGUGCCCCGCAGUGGGCUGGCCAGCUGUGCUGUGGGGGGGCUGCUGUACGCCGUGGGUGGGCGCAACAACUCCCCUGAUGGCAACACAGACUCAGGUGCUCUUGACUGUUACAACCCUAUGACUAACCAGUGGUCGCCCUGUGCCCCCAUGAGUGUUCCCCGCAACCGCAUCGGUGUCGGCGUUAUUGACGGCCUCAUCUACGCUGUCGGCGGCUCCCACGGCUGUGUCCACCAUGACAGCGUUGAGAGGUAUGACCCGGAGUGUGAUGCAUGGGAGCGUGCGGCACCCAUGCAGACAAGGCGAAUCGGGGUGGGUGUGGCCGUGCUCAACCGACUGCUCUAUGCUGUGGGUGGCUUUGAUGGCAGUGCCCGGCUGCGCUCGGCUGAGUGUUACAACCCCGAGCGUAACGAGUGGCAUCCUAUCGCCCCCAUGAAUACCAUCCGCAGUGGCGCUGGCACCUGUGCCCUGAACAACUGCCUCUAUGCCAUGGGGGGCUAUGAUGGCACAGAUCAGCUCAACAGCACAGAGCGUUACGAUGUGGAGGCUGAUGCCUGGACCUUUGUGGCUCCCAUGCGGCACCGGCGCAGCGCCCUUGGCGUCACCACGUACCAGGGCAAGAUCUAUGUGCUGGGCGGCUAUGAUGGCCACACAUUCCUGGACAGCGUGGAGUGCUAUGACCCAGCCACUGACACCUGGACCGAGGUGACAUGCAUGACGUCGGGUCGCAGUGGCGUGGGGGUGGCUGUCACCAUGGAGCCCUGCCGUGAUCAGCCCGGCUGCCACUGCUAGCACUGGCGACGCCACCGCGGUUGGGCCGGGGAGGGGCUGG